UGUCUGAAUAAAAGGGUCCAAAAGCAGAAGGGAUCCUUCUUUUCGAGGUCUUGACAUGACGUUAAAGCUUCAAACACAAGCCCGACUCUUUGACCUGCACUGCUCUGUAGGUUUGACAGACUGGGACAUGGACAAGGAGCUGAAACUGGUUACAACUACUGACCAGUUUUGCCAUGAUGAUAAACUUGGUGAUCCAUAUGUGGCACAGAGGUCUUUGGCAAUAGCCUGCAGAAGAAAAGAUGAGUUUGUUUGGUAUGACAAAACAUCAGACACCUUUGUGAAGCCAAACCUGUGGCUCCUUGUCAAUCCUAACAUUGCUUGUCCGCUCCUCUCUGGAGAAGCUGCAGUAGAUUGUCGGAAUCUCCAAGAACUUGCAGAGGAAGUCCAAAAGCCACUGACUCAGUGUUCACAAGCCACAAAAUGUCACAGGUUUUCUCCCCAGGGGGAAAGUGUGCAUGUUCUCUCCUCAUCCACCGACUACAUGGAUGACGGCAGCUCCUGCCAGACUACACACUGCAGACGCAAGGGGAGAAACACAAAAGACAAUGAACUCUUGAAGCCAGGAUGUUGGCCUCGUCCUCCUGUAAAUUAUUGCAUCCUCAUUGCUCUGGCACUUAAAAGCAGCCAUAAUGGGAGCCUCAGAGUGCAGCAGAUUUACAACUUCACCAGAGAACACUUCCCUUUCUUUCAGACUGCUCCUGAUGGCUGGAAGAACACAAUUCGACAUAACCUGUGCUUCAACAGUAGCUUCCGUAAAACUUGCAACCAAAUGCGCAGAGAUGGAAAAAGGAAGUCCUGCUUUUGGCACCUGACUCGAGAUGGCCAACGCCGACUGAAGGAUGAGAUCUGCAUGUUGUCGGGAGAAUCUUUAAAGCAGUUGGAGAGGAGCAUGUCCUGUCCAGGUGAAUGUGAUCAAACUACAGUAUGUAAAAGAUUUGGACUGGCAAAACAACUUGGACAGCGUGAAGAUGUGAUUAUCAAUUUGCGUUUCUUAUUGCAGAUAUUAUUGCAAAACUACUUGGAAUGUGAUUGCAAUUAACAAAGUGCUUCAUACAGAAAGUAAGCAUGUGACACACAUGGGAACAGAGGACAAGUGAUGCAACUCUGAGAGGUUUUGAAGGAAUCUGGUGCCCUUGAGCAAGGUGGUCAACAGCACUGAAGUUUUUGUUUUGUACAUAUCCUACUGUCACUCACGUUCCUUACCACAGGUUGUGGCCCGAAACGGGGGCAUGAAACAUUUAGCGCUUGGCCACAGAGAAAUACUUUUUAAAUAGUCCUCUUCGGGUUCUCCAAUCUCCGAACCUUUAUGCCACCUUUCCUUAACCGUUGGACUAUGUCACGGGAUCAAGGAGAGAUGGAAAGGUGCCCCCUUUCGAACAUAGGAAAGAAUAGCGCUGUUUCAAAGGAAUUCGGCUCCACUUUUCCUGACGUUAUCGCAUGAUGGAGAGUAUUGCUGAAGUCUAUAACUUGCAGACUUUACCUGAACAAUAUUUACAUCAUAGUAAAAACAUCUUUUAUAAUUGACAUUCUAGCCAUGAAAUAUAUUUCAACAGUUAAAUAUAUAGGGAUGGUAAAAUUAAGUCAAACAAUAUAUUAGGACACUUCAAAAGCCAUUAAAACCUUGGAUAUACAGUAUGUGCUCUUAGUUUUGUAAUACGAUCUCGCCACUGAUUGUAUGUCACCCCCCCCCCGGGGAUUGUGUUCUCAAUAAAGAAAAAGUCUCAAGCUUGA